UGUGGAGUCGAGCUGCUGGAGCUGGUAGGGGCGGGGCAAGACACGCGUUUAACCUCCGAGACCCCAGGUUUUCUCUAACGCGGCAGUGAGAGCGGUAAUGGAUUUCAUUCCAGAAUCCCUAUGGCUUUCUCUGUGGGGCAUUGGGGGUCCCUUCUAAACCCUGUCAGCAGAGCACUAAGCCAGCGCUAUUUCAGCACCACAGAGGCCCUUGGAGCAAUACAGAAGAUGACAAGAGUACGCGUGGUAGACAAUAGUGCUCUGGGGAACACUGCAUACCACCGCCCCCCUCGGUGCAUCCACGUCUACAAUAAGACCGGAGUGGGCAAGGUGGGAGACCAGAUCCUGGUGGCCAUCAAAGGGCAGAAAAAGAAGGCCCUCAUUGUGGGGCACCGAAUGCCUGGGCCCCAAAUGACACCAAGGUUUGAUUCAAACAAUGUGGUCCUCAUUGAGGACAAUGGGAACCCAGUGGGUACCCGUAUCAAGGUACCAAUUCCAGCGAGUCUCCGGCGGCUGGAAGGCGAGUAUUCCAAAGUGCUUGCCAUUGCCCAGACCUUCAUAUGAGAGGCCAGGGACUCUGACUGCAGGAGGUGCUCUUGGAGGGAGACAAUUCACAGAGCAGUCCCCCACUAAGAACAGGGAGGAUUUUCCCCUUCUUCCCCCCAGGAUGGAGGGAGAACUAAAUUCUGUGAAGUAAUAAAAAUAUUUUAUGUGUA